AUGGGGCUCCUCUCCUGUUUCAGCUUGGCUUUCCUUGGCUUCCUGAUCGUCUCAGGUGUGGGGGCCAUAUCGUGUCCUUCAGGAUGGCUGUUUUACCAAGGCAACUGCUAUGGAUUGUUCCAAGAUAAAUUGACCUGGGCUGAGGCAGAGAUCGACUGCCAGAGCCAAAGCCACAACGGCCACCUCGCUUCAAUCGCCAGCCAAGCAGAGGGAGCCGUGUUGGCCAAACACAUCAAGGCCUCUCAGCAAGACUGCGUCACUGUCUGGAUUGGACUCCACGACCCCCAGAAGAAUGGCCGCUGGAGGUGGUCCGAUAGAUCUCUGGUCAGCUACAAGCCUUGGCUGACUGGGCAGCCAGACAAUUAUAAGCAACAGGAAUACUGCACAGAGCUUCGAUGUGAUGAAGAAUAUCUUAGUUGGAAUGACGUGAUCUGCAAAACGGAGCUCCCGUACCUCUGCAAGUUUGAACUUUAG